AUGGCUGGUCUCCUAAAAAGUUACGCUAAUUGGGUGCGUGAGAAUAAGGAGAAUGUGGCGGGUAUUGAACGCUUCUCACAUCUCUUUGCUAUGAUCGUCACAGACCCACGGAAUCUCAUCACAAAAGAACUCGCAUGGACACUCGUGAAUUUACAAUCCUUUACACAUACCACUAUUACCACAAACACCAUUCCCGGUCGCCGGCUACGUAUGAAUGAUUAUUUCCUUCUCUUAACCCGCAUUAUUCCACAAGUGGAGUGUUUGAUGGAACUUGUACUCCGUCGCUACUGUGGACAUCGUGCGGCGUGGAAUGUAUUGCUUGCCCUGCAGUCUGUGAAGUGUUUACUUAACGUGAUGGUGCACCGGCAACUCUUUCUCGUGCCGUGGAUGUGGGCCGCCCUGCGAAGACGACUGCGACGGGCUCUGCGGGCUCUGCAGCGCACAGUUGGGAUUGCCCGUCGCCGUCGAUUGUCUACAAGUAAUAAUAAUGAUAAUAAUAUCCAUCAUCAUCAUACAGGUACAACUGCAGCAACAGGGGCUGUGGGAUGGUGUGAGAAGUUGUUUGGUAAAAGUGGAAAUAACGCUGGUGUGGUGGGGCCGGCGAACACAACACUUGUGAUUCCACGCGUAGCCGCACGACGACCACACAGCCACACAUCUGCGAGAAGUAUAAGUGAUGAUGAUAAUAAUAAUAAUAAGGAUCAUUAUAAUUAUGAUGAGGAUGAUUAUGAAUAUGAUGGGAGUGAAGGCUCUGGAGUGCGGCGAAGUGCGGCGUUGCCCUGCACGGCGUUAGAUCUCUUGGGUGUGGUGGUGGACUUUCUCUUGUUGCUGCGGCCAUUACUGCUGCUUAUCUAUGCUAGGCGUGUGUUUCCGUAUGGGAAACCCGGUAUUGCCGUUGUCCCUCAACCAACAACAACAACAACAAAGGAAAUGCGUUCAAAUACAAAUGUUAGCAGCAGUGAUCCCACAGAGAAGACUACAGAUGUCAGUGAAUUAAAAGAGGAUGCGCUAUUUAUAUUACAUGCCGCGUUAAAGGAUGGACCUUCACGAUCACUCAUGUCGAAUUGGGGUGUGUGGUUAUCCUUCUUUGGAUUUGAUUUGAUACUCUCAUUGGUCUCUCGCUAUAUUCGUCGUCAUCGUGUUCCAGUGGUGUUUAUCGGUAAUGAGGAGAAUAACAAUAAUAACAAUAACAAUGCAGAGAUUGAGGGUGGUGAGGUGCCUUCUCGUAACGGAGAGAAGAAUGGUAGCAUUGAUCAUAAUAAUAAUAAUAAUAAUACUGUUACUGUUACUACUACUAAUGAUAAUAAUACUACUACUACUAGUAUCACAGGUACAACAAAUAAUAAUGUUGUGUUGAAUGGUGAUGGAAUGCCACCUCUUCCACAGGUGCCAGUGGCGGAAGUGGCAGCUCCCGUUCCUGUUACUUCUCGUGAUGCCCUUCGUGUUCAACAGGCACUGCGAAAUAUUGGAUAUUCCUUCUUGCAAGAUCCCUUCUUCUCUGCAGUCCUGCAGAAGUUUGUGUAUGAUCAUUUUGUGGUGGGUCGUGUGAACCGUAUUCCACUCGUGGGAUCACUCAUCGCCUUUCAGGUCUCCUACUUUUUAUGCAAACAACAUUACUGCUUCAUGUACUCUAUCGGACAGUAA